GGCGUCGAGAUUCGAACUCCCGGGAAAGUGACGCGAAUUUUUGCCGCGAAACAGUACAUAAUUCAUUGUCUUCAGAAGCAGACUUGAGGCGAUCACCAGAAGUGUAUUACUUUGAGAUCGAGUUUUGCAUUUUGUGAACUAAAUUUCCCCCCAAACCCUUUGUAGUUAAAAUAGGUGUAUGAUGUCUGGUUUUGACGAUCCAGGAGUGUAUUACAGUGACAGUUUCGGUGGUGGUGAUGGACCGGGCGAUGAAGGUGGAGUGAAACGGAGCCAAAUCAAGAAACGAUUCCGUGAAUUUCUUCGGCAGUUCAGAGUUGGAACCGAUCGUACUGGUUUCACCUACAAAUACAGAGAUGACCUGAAGAGACAUUACACUCUGGGGGAAUACUGGGUGGAGGUGGAGAUGGAGGACCUUGCCAGCUUCGACGAGGACCUAUCUGACUGCCUGCACAAACUGCCUUCUGAGAACCUCCCUCUGCUGGAGGAGGCAGCCCAGGAGGUGGCUGAUGAGGUGACUCGUCCCAGGCCCGUAGGAGAGGAGACUGUGCAGGAGAUCCAGGUCAUGCUCAAGAGUGAUGCCCAUCCUGCCUCCAUUCGCAACCUCAAAUCGGAGCAAGUGUCCAGGCUGGUGAAGGUUCCUGGGAUUGUGAUCUCGGCCACGGCUGUGAGGGCCAAGGCCACUCGGGUGUGUCUGCAGUGUCGUGGCUGUCGCUCUGUCAUCAGUAACAUCCCUCUGCCCCCAGGCCUGCAGGGCUACGCGCUACCCCGGAAGUGCAACGCUGAGCAGGCCGGCAGGGUGAAGUGUCCUGUGGAUCCCUACUUCAUCAUUCCUGACCGCUGUGCCUGUGUGGACUUCCAGACCCUCCGUCUGCAGGAGUCUCCAGAUGCGGUGCCACACGGAGAGAUGCCUCGCCACAUGCAGCUCUACUGUGACCGGUACCUGUGUGACCGCGUGGUGCCUGGGAACAGAGUGACCAUCAUGGGCAUCUACUCCAUCAAGAAGGUGGCCCAGGCUAAGGGCAAGGGCAGGGAUAAGAGUGCCGGCGUGGGAAUCCGCACCUCGUACCUGCGCGUGGUGGGCAUUCAGCAGGACACAGAGGGAGCAGGUCGAGGCACCUCGGGGUCAGUCACCCCUCAGGAAGAGGAAGAGCUGAGGGCAUUGGCUGCCUCCCCCGACAUCUAUGGCUCUCUCGCCCGCUCCCUCGCCCCCUCCAUCUAUGGCAGUGAGGACCUGAAAAAAGCCAUUGCCUGCCUGCUGUUUGGUGGCUCCAGGAAGAGGCUGCCUGACGGGCUGACCCGCAGGGGGGACAUCAACCUGCUGAUGCUGGGAGACCCCGGUACCGCCAAGUCUCAGCUGCUGAAGUUUGUAGAGAGGUGCUCUCCCAUUGGGGUGUAUACCUCCGGGAAAGGCAGCAGUGCGGCUGGUCUGACGGCCUCUGUUCUGAGGGACCCAGUCACCCGGGGGUUCAUCAUGGAGGGAGGAGCUAUGGUGCUGGCGGACGGUGGGGUGGUUUGCAUCGACGAGUUUGACAAGAUGAGAGAGGAUGACAGGGUUGCCAUCCAUGAAGCCAUGGAGCAGCAGACCAUCUCCAUCGCCAAGGCUGGCAUCACCACCACCCUGAACUCCCGCUGCUCCGUUCUGGCCGCGGCUAACUCCGUGUUCGGGCGUUGGGAUGACACUAAGGGAGAGGACAACAUCGACUUCAUGCCCACCAUCUUGUCCCGUUUCGACAUGAUCUUCAUCAUCAAGGACGUCCAUGACCAUCAGAGAGACAUGACUCUGGCCCGCCAUGUUAUGAAUGUCCAUCUCAGUGCUCACACACAGACAGAAGGUGUUGAGGGAGAGAUCACUCUGGCCACAUUGAAGAAGUACAUCGCUUACGCCAGAACUAAAUGUGGCCCACGCCUCUCCGCCGUGGCGGCGGAGAAGCUGAAGAACCGAUACGUGGUGAUGAGGAGUGGAGCGAGGGAGCAUGAGAGGGAGAGUGACAAGAGAGCGUCCAUCCCCAUCACUGUCAGGCAGCUGGAAGCAGUGGUGCGCAUCUCUGAGUCUCUGGCCAAGAUGAAGCUGCAGGCUGUGGCUGGAGAGGAGGAGGUGGACGAGGCCCUGCGGCUCUUCCAGGUGUCCACGCUGGACGCCGCGCUGUCCGGCAGCCUCUCCGGAGUGGAGGGCUUCACCACUCAGGAGGACCAGGAGAUGAUCUCCCGUGUGGAGAAGCAGCUGAAAAGACGCUUUGCCAUCGGGUCCCAGGUGUCCGAGCACAGCAUCAUCCAGGAUUUUACCAAGCAGAAGUAUCCGGAGCAGGCCAUCUACAAAGUCCUUCAUCUGAUGAUGAGGAGGGGAGAGCUGCAGCACCGAAUGCAAAGGAAAGUCCUCUACAGAGUCAAGUAGUCACACAUGGCUGUAUGAAGACCGUUGUUCCCACAGGCUUAUAGUUUUAUAUGUACAGAUGUGUUCAUUGUGGCCUUUGUAAAUAGUAUGAGCGAGUCAGUGGAUAUUGUGAAGGCCAUCAUAGAUGUAAGUCAACCCACAAUACUGCUAAUACUGAUGGCUCCUGUUGAAUAUUCUCCAAAAGGACAGCUUUUUAUUUGUCUUGUGGUUUCAUUACUGAAGUUAUGUUGGAGGAAAAUUGUCUGAAACUGUCAUGUUGGGUGGUAUAAAGAAAGUAAAGGGCUCUGAGAUGCAAUUCUGUAAUGUGUUAGGUACAUUGUUUUGUGCUGAGGUAAAGAUGUUUAAAUAAAGCUUACAAUGUGA